CUUUACCGCGACGGAUGCCGUUUCCGUCUCGUAUUUAAGACGUCACUUCCUGCUUCCGGUUCUCUUCCGGGUCACCAUGGACCCCGAGUUUGACGACGUUGUGGCGCCGGAGGAUUUAAUGGUCCUAGAGCGGCGCUAUACCUUGGCCUGCCAGCAGGGGGCGCCGUCGCGUCGCUGCCGCUUCGAAUACGCCUGGGGGUUGCUGAGGAGCCGUUACCAUGGUGAUAUACGGAAAGGGGUCGCCAUGUUUAGAGAUCUCAUGGCCGAUGGGGACCCAGACGAGCGCCGUGACUACGUCUAUUACCUGGCAGUGGGGAACUACCGCCUUAAGGAAUAUGAGGAGGCCUUGAAGUACGUGGGGGCGCUGCUCCAGGCUGAGCCGGGAAACACACAGGGACUGAGACUGCAACAACUGGUCAGGAAACGCAUGAACAGAGGUGAGACCCAUAGAAACCCCAUAGAGACCCAUAGAGACCCCAUAGAAAUUCCAUAGAGACCCCAUAGACCCAUA